AUGAGACACCCCGCAGAUUCAGAAGCAUGGAAGUCUUUGAACAAAACAUUUUCAGACUUUGCUAAAGAUGUACGUAAUGUACGAUUGGGUUUAUCUAGUGAUGGGUUUAAUCCUGGGGCUAACAUGAGUAGUAGAUAUAGAGAUGAUAUAGAUGUAUUUUUGCAACCUCUAGUAGAUGAACUUAAUGAACUGUCGGAGUUUGGGGUAAAAACUUUUGAUGCAUAUGCGAAAGAGACUUUUAAUAUGCGAGUGGUGUUGUUAUGGACCAUUAAUGACUUUCCAGCUUAUGCCAAUCUGUUUGGUUGGUGUACCAAAGGGGCCCUUGUAUGCUCUAAUUGUCAUUUAGACACAAAAUCUCAUUAUUUGAAGCAUGGACACAAAUAUUGCUAUAAAGAACAUCGAAGGUGGCUACCAAUCGAUCACAAAUGGAGGCUUAAUAGGAGCUCCUUUGGUGGUAAGGUACAAAGGGGUCCUCCUCCAGUUCCUCUAACGGGGUUUGAUGUUUUGGAACAAUUAAAUGGAUACUCAAAUUUGGAGUUUGGAAAAGCUUCUAAGGGAAAACGCAAGAGAGGUGAAAGAUAUAUCGUGCAUCAAUGGAAAAAACGUAGCGUCUUUUUCCAGUUACCUUAUUGGAGACAUCUCUUGGUUCGAAACAACUUGGAUGUGAUGCAUGUGGAAAAGAAUGUUUGUGAAAGUAUAUUUGGCACAAUGCUUGAUUUACCGGGAAAAAAUAAGGACUCCUUAAAUGCCCGACUAGACUUAGUAGACAUGAAAAUGCACGAUAAACUACGUCCAAAGUCACUUGGGAAUGAUAAAUGGUGUGUCUCCUUGCAGACGGAAGGUAUGGGAUUGAAAACUCAUGAUUUUCACGUUUUCAUGCAAGACUUACUAACACCUGCCUUCCAAGGUGUUUUAGAUGAGAAUGUUCUAAUGCCUUUACAAGAACUCAGUCUGUUUUUCAAGCAAUUGUGUUCUAAAACCUUAAAGGUAGCAGAAUUAGAGAAGAUUGAAAUGAAUAUAGCAAUCACCUUAUGUAAGCUGGAGCGCAUAUUCAUUCCUGCCUUCUUUGAUGUGAUGAUACAUCUCCUGAUUCACUUGGCAACCGAAGCUAGAAUGGUCGGUCCUGUACAUUAUCGUUGGAUGUAUCGUUUUGAAAGGGCAAUGCGAACGUUCAAAUCAUUCGUGCGGAACAAAGCUCACCCAGAAGCUUCAAUUGCUAACGGGUACAUUGAAAUGGAGUGCAAGCCUUUAGGGAAGGGAAGUCUAACAGAAAUGACUGCUAAGGAGAGUCGAGAAGCUCAACUUUAUGUCAUGUUUAAUUGUGAUGAAUUAAAACCUUUAUUGACUGAAUAUGAGCAUGCACCAAUUUCUCAAAGGAUUGACCUUUGCAAGUGGUUUGAAGAUAGAAUUACAAAGCUAUGGAAAGAAAGAGAUCCAAGAGUUACCGAAGAAUUAUUGUGUUUAGCACGAGGACCGAUGAAAGGUGUUGUCACUUUUGAUGGAUACGUCAUUAACGGGUUUAGAUUUCACACCAAAAAGCGGCAAAGAAAUCGAAAAACUCAAAAUAGUGGCGUAGUCGUGAAAGGGGACGAGGAAAGUGGGCAAAAGGAUUUCUAUGGGGUUUUAGAGAAUUGUGCUAGAGUAUGA